GGAACGCGCCUUCGAGAGGGACAGAGGCUGAGAAGGCAUCGGGAUCGCGCUCAUCAUGUUUAGUUGGCGAGUGCCUCCGGUGUAACAGGCUGCUCAGUAUGGGGGAUCCAGGACCCCGAGACGGGAUGGACCCUGACCGACCGACGGCUGCAAAGAGCUCAUCGAGGCGGUUUAUACCGGGAUAAAAACAUCCAGUGUGUCCUAUAACAGAGAGGCUGUCAGGGAGCUGCAGAGGAGGCGGUGUUUGCUGGGAUUCAAUCAGAGCCGGAGUCUCGGCUGGGAGGUUAACGAGGAGAGAGGGACGUGAGCAAACUAAGAAGGCAGCAGUUUGAAGUCGUAACUGGAUCCAGGUCAGAAUCACAGGAAUAAUGGAUGAAUUGACAAUUACAAGCCGGUCCGGUCAGCCCAACCCAGCCGGAGCAGGGUGGGUUCAUCCGGAGUGAAACCAGUCGGCUCUUAUCUGUUGGCUUCCCCUCCGCCGGGCGGCGAUGUCCGCUUUCUGCCUCGACCUGCAGACGUCCGCCGUGGUUUCAGCACCACUGGAGCUGGACAGCGACUGCAUGGAGCCCCGGGCCAGCCCUACCACUCAGGAGCCCGGCGGCUUCCAGGGUCACCCGCUGCGGCAUGCCGGUUCCGGAGGCCUCGGCAUGGCCUUGGAGGAGGAACUGGCCAUGCUGACCGGGGAGCGGGGAGACGAGGAGGAGCUGACCGAACUCGAGACGCCUGCGGUGGGGCAUAACGCAGAUUUGCUGUCGCUUUUCCGCCAAAAGGAAAAAGACUUGGUUUUAGCUGCUAAACUCGGCAAAGCGUUGCUGGAGAGAAACCAAGACUUGACCAAGCAAUAUGAGAAAAUGCACAAAGAUCUCAACGAGAAACUAGAGCACUUGGAGCAGGAGAAGCAUGAGUUGCGACGGCGUAUGGAAAGUCGAGAAGGGGAGUGGGAGAGCCGCGUCUCUGAGCUUGAGACGGAUGUCCAGGAGCUACAGGGCGAGCUGGAUCGCCACCAGGUCCAGCUGAGAGAGGCUGACAGGGACAAGACCAAGGCCAUCAGUGAGCUCUCUGAACAGAACCACAGACUGCUAGAACAACUCAGUAGGGCUGCAGAGGUGGAGAGGCAGCUGUCCACUCAGGUCCAUUCAUUACGGGACGACUUCAGGGAGAAGAGUAUGUCUACAGGCCAGCACAUGACACGACUAGAGACUCUACAGGCGGAGCAAGGGCUAGAAAUUAAGAUGCUGUCAGAGAGGAAGAUGGAGCUGGAGCGGCGGGUUCAUGCCAUGCUCGAAGAGAACGAGCUGCUGCAGAACACAGUGGACGACCUCCGAGAGAGGACGCUGGUGCUGGAGAAGCAGUGUCACGAGAAGGACCUUCAGUUGCGACAGAGCCAGCUGGAGCUGCAGGAGGUCCAGAUGUCCCACAGGCAGCUGACCUCUCGGCUGGAGGAUCUGACGGACGAGCACAGCCUCCAUAGUCUCACCCCCCACCCAUCCAGCCUGCUGUGUGAGAUAGAGCAGAGCAUGGAGCAGGAGGAGCAGGAGCAGGAGAGGGAGCAGCUACGUCUCCAGCUAUGGGAGGCUUACUGUGAAGUUCGCUCACUCUGCUCGCAUCUCCGGGGAAACGACGUCACGGACUCGGCGCUGUCCACUGACUCUUCCAUGGAUGAGUCCUCGGAGACAUCCUCAGCCAAGGAUGUGCCUACUGGGAGCCUCCACACCAGCCUGCUAGAGCUACGGAGGCUAACACAGAAUCUGCUCGAUGGCAACGAGUCCACGGGCUCACGGCGCAGUGAUGAGGAGGCUCUGGAGGAGCAGGUGAGGAAGCUGGGAGAUGAACUGAGGGAGGUACGAGAGCUGUAUGAAGCUGAGCAGGACAAAACACGCAACAAUGAAGCGGAGCUGCUGCAGCUGCACAACCAGAUGGCGCUGUUGUCUGUAGAGUUGUGUUCGCUCCGAGAGGAGAACGAGCGAAUGAGGUUGAUGGCUGAAGUUCGAGAACCCAGCGAGCAGCUCCAGAGUGCAAUCAGAGACAGAGAUGACGCCAUAGCCAAGAAGAAAGCAGUGGAAAUGGAGCUGGCCAAAUGUAAAAUAGACAUCAUGUCUCUAAAUAGCCAGCUGCUGGAUGCCAUCCAACAGAAGCUCAACUUGUCGCAGCAGCUGGAGGCUUGGCAGUUUGCCUCCUCAGGGCUCUUUACUGUUUGGCUCUUGUGGUUUCUGAUCUAGUGGCCUUUCUCAGCUUCCGUACCACCCCUUCUCCCCUGUGGUACCCCCCUCCUGCCUUAGAGGAUGAUAUGCACAGAGUGAUUGACCAGCAGUUGAUGGACAAGCACCAGGACGAAUGGCGCUUGGGCCCGACCCCUCUGUCAGGGUCAUCGAGGGUCCAUGGGGGUCUGUCCUCAAGGCGAGCUCACCGCAUCUCCGACCGGGACAAGAGACUUUUCUCUUUUUUUAAAAAGAACUGAGCCCUAUCGGACAGGCCCCAGACACAGCAGAAGACAGACAGAGGUGAGGGAGAAGGAGGGAGUGACAUCACAGGACAGGGGUAACAACACAGCCAAAGACAGGCAGUGGCACACACUGAGGUUUGGGGGGGGAUCACUUUGCACUUUAUCUGUCCCAUUACUCUUCUCCUUACUGAUUAACUGGUGACUGCUGACAAUGAGUGCAAUAUAAGAACAGAACUUCCCCCGAGGCUUUGGCUUCAGCCCCUCUCAUUAAAACCUAUUGGUCUUACAGAACAUGAACAGGGUCUCAGAAGUUUACCUCCAAAGAGAAAGGUUUCCUUGUAGUGCCUACAACCAUCUCUACGAUCCCACUGCCAACUGUGUAGAGAGGGAACACUAUGUACAGACUCUCACUGUAUGCAUCCCAGUUAUCAGGUCAAGGAGUCUGAGGAAAGACAGACGGGAUUGGACACUGUAGGAGCAUGAGAAAAGAUGAGGAUAGUAGGACAGAGCUGCAAGUCAGAGUAUGAAGUAUGAAACUAACCUCUGGGUAGAGAGCAAUCAUGCUGCAGUCAACCCAUCAAAUCUCUCAGGUUUAUUCAGUUGUUUGGAGGAACAUGAGGCAACAGCUUGACAUACCAGGAUUAAAGCUUAUAUAUUUGACAAAAGAAAGCUUAUUUACAUGUUGACAUUGUCAGGAAGUUUUAAUUUUACAGCUCUAGAUGCAAACAUUCAAUCAAAGGGGGGAAAAAAAUCCAAUAGUCCAGCUGGAUGGAUUAACUGUGUUUAUUGUGAAAAGAGUGACUUCUAGUUAAGCAAACAGAGAAUAAUCACCUCACUGAACCCUUUGCAGGCUGUAGCCUAUUUAGUUAGAUGCUUUAGUCUCUGUGAAUUUUGGCCUUAAAAUUAGUUUGGCUGCCAGAAAUAUGACUGUCCGAUUACAUUGUCUAAACAACAAAAAAAAAGAGAGAAUAUGUCUCUUGAUGUAUUUACAGUGAGUUCCGGGGAGAUCAAAAAUGUAUCAGUGCAGCUUUCAAAACUGAAUGUUCAAAAUUCAAAACAGCAGGAAUACUCUAAACCUAACAUCAACAUCCAAAAAAACUUAGAAUGUAACCAGUGCUGUUUUUGUUGCACCUCUUCUGGCUAGUAAAUGCUCACAUCUUUCAUAUUCCGCAAUCCCAGUCUGCAACACUGUAGUACAUUUGUAGUUUCCAAGUUCAGGGUUCUAUUAUGCUGCGUGAAACUGAAGUAAAAUAUAAUUAAAUUUCAGCAGAAAAAAAGGAUCCACAAAUCAAGUGAAUGUAUAAAUACCAGCACUUUCCAGUUGGCCCUGCAUUGUGGCAAACUUGACAAGGCCUUUGUGUUCGUCUCUAACAUCUGAAUAAACCUUUGGGUGGCUGAAUUUACUGACACUGUCUGUCCAGGUGUUAUUAUUUUUCUACACUUAGUGUUUUAUUUAACAUUUGUUUACAAAUCAUUUUUGUAAGAAAAAGGCACUGUCCAACAUUGUCCCUACGAUGUCAAUCAUCUUCCUAGUUGACCAAAUGUUCAAAACGUUUACAUCAGCGUGAGAUAGAGGCAGAACUAUGAAGAAUGCUCAUCAACUCAAGAAUAACUUGUUGAAUUUCAAGUUGUUAAAACGCAUGUCAGUAUACAGAAACUCCACUGAACUUCCUCUGCAGUGGUCAGUAUCUGCUGCUUUGCUUCACAUUCACCACGAGAAAAGGUCUACCUCCAUUCUCAUUACUUCAAUACUUCAUGGGCACUUUGAUUUCUUAGCUGUCGGGCUUCCGUUUUAGGCGACACAUCUGUGACUCCAUUGGUAAAGCAGUAUGUGUUGGCCUGAAAUCUCCAAGCAUGAAUGACUUUCAGUGUGACACAGUGAUGUCUCAUUUCUGUCUGUGUUUGAACUCACGUCUAUUGCAGCUGUGCAAACCUAUGCAGAUGUCUUUGUGUCAUCUCAGCUGGUUGUUGGGAAGGAUCAACCCAAAGAAUGAUUUUUAUAAAAAGUCAAAUAGGUUUGGAUGAAAAGGAUAUAUUUAUAAGAAAAAAAUGCAUACCUUUUGAAUGAAAAUCUUUUGUAGGAAAAAUUAUACCUGUACAAUGUAGGCUCCUUUUCCUGUUUAUCCCUACAGUGAGAAGAAAUUCCACUGGUGAGUGAGUUCAACAUUAUCACUUGCAUGUAUGUUUUGUUUUGUUUGUUUGUUUUCACUGUUCUGGUUUGGCAUGCCGUAGAGCUGGUGACAGAUUCCUCAGAACUUCUAAGUUUAAUUCAAAUUAUUCAAUAAUAAGUUGAUUUGUGAAUAAGUUGCAGAAAUGAGUGAAAACACCCCAAGAAACAUGAAUACAAGUUAUUAAUCCAAGAGUGCCCCAUAAACUCGUCACUCACUUGAGUCAAGUUGGCAAAUUCACCAUUUUCUGAUGUAAUUUAUUAUAAAUGGCUUAUUUAAUGUAAUGAAUUAGUUUCAUUGUUUGUUACUGUCAAAUUACCACAAAUCCUUAAUGGAUUAGUUAUAAACUAAAAUAUAAAAAUCUAGCUGCUGAGUCAUUAAUCCUCAGAUAGCUGAGUGAUUGGACCCUACACUCUUCCAUGAGUGGGUCAAAAAUGACCUGUAAAAAAAUCAGUGUGUUUUUAUACCAUUUUUGUGAUUUUGCUUUAGAAUAAUAUAUUAUUAUAUUUUGGUCCACACAAGAAUGAUUUCAUGUUUGAAAUAAGUUUAUUUUUUAUUUUAACAGAUUUCAAACAUUUGAUAAUUGAAAAAGCAGAAUAUUACACUGAACAGCAGUAGAAUAAUUUUAGGAUCAGUUUUGUAGACAUUUUUCCACUCUUUUCCUCCAGCUGUUGUUUCUCUCCAUCCCUCCAAGUUUGUGCAUCACCUAUUGUAAGAUAUCAGUGAUGAAGAGCUUGCGGUAGUAGUACAAGUAUUACAAUUUCUUUAAAAGUAUAAAAGGUAACUCUUUUCAAAUUUUAACUGAAUGAUCUCAGAAACAUGUUUUUUGAGGAACACCUGGAAUAUGAAAUGAUAAAAAAAAGAUAUUGCAAGAAAACGACCUCAGCAGGUCAUGUUUGACCCACAUAUGCAUCCAAUGGUUAAAGGAACAGGUCAACAUAUUGCAAGAUGUGCUUCUGACAGACAGUUAAAUAAGAAGAUCAAUAUCACUUUCAUUUCUGUGAGUUAAAUAUAAAGUCACAGUUGGUUAGCUUAAAUUAGCAUGGAUUGGAAACAGAAGCAAGUAGCUUGCCAGACUCUUUAAUACAAAAACUGAAUUGUUCUGGGCUAUAUUUUUGGGUAGUUACAGAACAAAUUACAAAGAAAUAUUCCUGCCGCUCUGUACAAACAAGAUGUAAAGUGUUAGUGAGCACACAUGUCAACUCCUACAGAGAGUUAAUUGGAAUAAAGUUUAUUCAGGUGCUGUGCUACAGCCGCUAGCAGAUUGUGUUCUGCCAUGAAGUUUCAAAGCGUGACUUCAGGCCUUACCACAUUUGUCAGGGCAUCAGAGAUGGAAAACUGAUUCUCCCUCUGAUGUAUAUUCCCCUGGUGCAGAUUCUAAAAUGUUCCUGUGCAUCAAACAUCAGACACUGCCACCUUGAUGUCUCAUACCCAGACAGUCCAGCAUACUCUUCAAUUGCUGUUGAUUUCUUAAUAAAAUGCUAAUAUCUAAUACUUUUUGCUGCGAUUUUUAGAUCCUAUGGAUUUUCUAGAGAUUUUAUGGAUUGGAUGAUACAGAUGGGCAGACCAGAAGCCAGGCUGCCUGGUUUUGUCAUCUGUAGUGUUUGUGCUAAGCUAAUCUAGCUGGUUGUUACUGUUCACUCUACAUUUAACAAAAAGAUGUGAGAGUGGGAUCCAUCAGAAAGCAAAUAAGCACAUUUCCCAAAAUGUAGAACUGUUCCUUUAAUUGUCACAAAAAACAGGAAAAAGUCAAAACUCUGAUGUAAGGAAAGAUGCUGAUGUUGAACUAGUUAGCAUAUUUAGAUACUUAGCAUGUACCAGAUUUACUGCCCCUCUCGCUCCCACUGCCCUUGUUUUCCCUGUCAUGUGCACAAUCUUGAACAUGCACAGGACAGGCUGGUAUAGUGUUGUGUAAAAUAGUCUGAGCCACUCUAUUUCUCAUUUACAGCACUGGGCCUGUGGAUUUUUUGUUGUCUUUUUGCCGACAGUUAUAGCAGAAAUUCACUGAAUUUGUUGGGUUAGCAUUGCCCUCUAUACCUUUAAUAAUGAAGUCUGCAGUAAAAGAAUAACAGUUUCACAUUUACAAGUAAUUAUACAUAUUAAUAGCUCUUUAAUAAUAACUUCCUAUAAUAAACAAUAGCUUGAUUAGGUAAUAUUGUUGAAUUUUGCCACUCUUUUACCGGAGGUCAGAGGUCAAACAGUGGUUCUUUCAGAUAAGUUUAACAACUUAAAAGACAAGUUAAGUCUCCAACUGGAGAAGAAUAAACAGCAGAUUCUCACAACUUUUGUAAAAUCAAAUGGCUUUAUAUUAUUCUUGUUUCUCUAAUUUAAACUUUAUUUUUCCAAGAACAUGUCAUUUUGAUUACAUCUCUUUUUCAAGAUUGUCCUUGACAAACAAAAUAAUAUGUCACAAAAUCAGAUGCAAUAUAUUCCUAAAAUACAUGGCAUCCUGCAUAAUGUUUUGAAACAACUCAAAAGCUAAUGCAUUAAAAAUCACACAAAUAAAAUAUCUCCAAUACUUUAACAUGUGCAGACAGAAGAGAAAGCGUCCAGUUUCUGCAACAGUGAUUUAAAUUCACAACGAGCACUGUUUAAUGAUUUGUUAAUCAUAAUACAUAGUCAUUUAAAACCUCUGCAUAAAAGGUACCUUUUGAGAAAGUUCUUUGCCUGCUCUGUCUGGAGGGACGUGAUCAGAAACCCUGAACUAAAACAGGAACAUGUUCCUCCCGCUGGCAGAAAUACAUGCCAAGUGUGAAGGUGGGUGGAUUCAGAAACCUUCACAUUCACGUGUUUGUAGUUUUUCUCCUGCCAGAUUGAACACCAGUCUCUCCUGCCAUAACCACACUGUAAUUAGACUCUUUUCAUGUCACAUUUUGGUUAGAAAGACAACACUCUGUAACACAUUUGUUUCUGUCAACAUUACGUCCUGAUUGCUGUUUCUUUCUCUUGUUUGGCUGUGUGCAUUGUUGAGGACACUCGCUCCAACACUGUAGACUGUACUGAUUCAUUUUUCCAAUUGAAAUCAUUUUUAAAACACUGUGUGCCGUGUUUUUCUGUGGUAAACAUCCUGAUGCUGCCACCGUGUCUCAGGUUUGUGUCGCGGUGGCAGACAGACAUGCCAUUGAGUGUUCUUUUUGUUGCUUGUUUCUACUCAGUCGGACGUUGAUUUGGAAUUUAGUGCUCUCGGUGGACUGAUUGUGCUCCAUGUGAGUGCUUCCAUUCACCUCUGACAAACAACACUGUUUCAGUGACAAAAUUCUUCAAAAUAUUUCAAAUAUCUAUCAUGCAAUUUUGUUAGGAUUUUUUUCUUUUGUACGAAUAAAUACUUUGCAAUCUG